UCGAGUUAGUAACUCGAAAUUUCGACUUAGUAACUCGAAAUUAUGAGAAAAAUAACUCGAAAUUUCGAGAAAAUAACUCGAAAUUUCGAGUUAGCUCUGCCAAUCAGUAAUCUACGUGAAUGACGUCAUUUCCUUGUUACCCGGAAGGAUAUGGCACAAAGGCGCGCGCACUCAAAACUGGAUCCUCUCGUGAGCUACAGUGAGCUACAAAUGGCGCCAGGUUCUUCAGCUUUGAAUGCCUUCCUACAAAUGAUAACUGGAUAAAAGGUAUACAAAAACGCUGUGACAGCGAUUGUUACAUACAAAGUUGAAUAGAAUGCAACGUGAGGGUUAACCAAAGGUACCUAUAAGGUUUCUGGUGGUGGUCAGAGGGCCCGGUGGCGCCAGUGUCCGGCAGCCUCGCCUCUGUCAGUGCGCCCCAGGGUGGCUGUGGCUACAAUGUAGCUUGCCAUCACCAGUGUGUAAAUGUGCGAGUCAGUGGGUGGAUGACUGGAUGUGUAAAGCGCUUUGGGGUCCUUAGGGACUAGAAAAGCGCUAUAUAAAUACAGCCCAUUUUACCAUUUAUUUACCAUUUCUGUUACACGCUAAUGACAGCUGUUACGUUUGAUGAAACAGACGUUUUGCUGAAAGCAUGCGUAAUAAGUGUACAGCACUGUAUAAAACAAAAUCACAAAUCACCCAAAACAGGGAAUAUGACUGAAAACUAUAUAAAUAAGGAACAAAACCAAUAAAAAUGUAACCAGAAAACUGAGAAAAUGUGGGAUUGACUGUAUUGUGAUGCAGAUUGUAGUUACAGUGCAAAUGGACACUUAAAAAUGCAAUUCCCACUUCUCCACCAUAGUCAGAUCCCAUAAUGUAGGCACAGAUACUUUGAUGAUAAUAUUGUGGCUUUAUAAUAGAUAAUUUUAAUUUACAUCCUUCCUUACAGCAUGGGAGAGGUGAUUGAAUUCUUGAAACAAAGAGAAGUCUCUGAGGAAAUUAUACAGACCUUGGAGAAUGAGAAGAUUGAUGCCAGUGUCAUAAGUCUAAUGACAGAUGAGGAGCUGAAGACUUAUUUGCCAUCAUAUGGUGAUCGUCUAGCAGUAUUUGGAUUUUGCAGACGGAGGGGCAGCAGCCGCAAGUCAGUGCUUUUUGAACGGCUGAAAUCCAAACUGUCCAAAAGAAAAUUAUCUGAAGAGGAUGGCAGUAGUACACGGCAAGAAGAACAUUCCCAAACAACCCAUAAAAGAAAUGCUCUGAAGAGAAAUAGAAAAAUAGAAAUAGGAUGGAUGCAUUAUGAUGAAGACACUGAGGUUUUCAAGCAGGUUAGAGCUAGACGAGGAGGAGGAACAAGAAAAAUAGACAUUUGCAAGGAUGCCAAGAAAAGGGACAUAUUACAGGUUGCAACAGGCCUGUUCUUUCCAGAUGGAGGAAACAUUCAGGGGCCCUUAACAGAUUUUGACUGUGAUCUAAAGGAUUAUCAAGAGAUGAUAGUCGAUGAUGCAUUGACAGUAGGAGAACUUUAUCAUGUCACAAAACUAAAUAUCCUCAGGUUCUACCUCACCACAAAGAAAAAACAAAAUGACAGCCUUCAGAGUUCCAGCCCAGGUUUGCAUCCAUCUUCAGAAAUUGAAGAGAGUCCUCAAAACCAAACCUCUUCUUUUACUGUCACUACAGUCCAAACAUCUGCUCCAUUUGAAACAAUCAGCCAUGAUGUGACAUACAUUGAAGACACUCCAAACGAUAACCUUCCACAAUCUUCCACGCAGUCUCUAAGUGCUAACACUUCUCACAGCAGUGACAUUAUUUUUGUUGGCCCCUUUUCUGACAGUGAGCCAAUAAAUUUGGAUGACACCCUGAUUUUUUCUCCACACCCUGGUCCAUCCAGUGAGAGAGUGAGGAGAGUAGUGGUGGUCCACAGAGGGCAGGUAAUGUCAGAGCUCAUUUCACAUUUUAGUGAUAAGGACCUUGAAGAUGUCGACAUCAAAAUCCAGUUCGUACUGCCUGAUGGAACACCUGAAAUGGCCCAUGACGAUGGGGGAGUUGUGAGAGAUUGUCUUUCAGAAUUCUGGAAAGAAUUCUAUGACCAGUGCACCACUGGAAAUGUUUGCAAGGUGCCCUUCUUAAGGCAUGAUUUUGGGCAACAGGAGUGGGAGAGUGUGGGCAGAAUCAUUGCAUUUGGAUGGGUUAGAGAGAAAUAUUUGCCUGUGAAAAUUGCACCUGCCAUUCUAGAACAAGCUGCCUUUGGAUAUGUAAAGAGUGAUAUUGUGGAGGAUUUCCUUAAGUUCAUGCCUGAAUCUGAGCGUACAGUGUUAGAGGCGUGGCGAUCAGACUUUAGCAUCGUGGACCAAGAAGAACUUAUAGACAUACUUGAUAACCACAGCUGCAGAAAGAUACCAACAGCCUACAAUGCCACUGAAGUCCUAUUGGAGCUUGCACACAAAACACUUGUCCAAGAGCCUGCCUAUGUUAUUGAACAGUGGGCAAGAACACUCAGCACUGCAUGGGAAAGCAUUUGUGAUCUAUCGUCACUUUUUGAAACUCUCCAACCAAAUGUGAGAAAAGUUCUCAAGUGUCUCACUUUCCCUGAAACAAUGACGGCUCACCAGAAGCUGAUUCAGAAAUAUCUAACUACAUAUGUGAAGAAUGCUGAGAAGGAACAUUUGUGUUUGUUCCUCAGGUUUUGCACAGGUUCAGAUUUACAUCUUGGAAAGAACAUCAUCAUUGGGUUUAACGAACUUAAAGGUUUCCAGAGACGACCUGUGGCACACACAUGUGGAUGUGUACUGGAGCUGUCGAUAAAUUAUGACAGCUAUCCUGACUUCAGAUCGGAGAUGAACAGUGUGUUGGAAUCAAAUGUGUGGGUCAUGGACAUUAUCUAAAGGUUUGAUUCACAGACAAUGGCUUAAAAGCCAUUGUUGUUUUACAACAAAUUAUAUUUGAGUUGUGAACUAAAACUAAAGUGUUCCCAAGUGAAUGUCACAUCAAAGGUUUCAGGUGUUUAAAAACUGAGUUCUAAGAAAAAGUCUUUGGUGAAAUACCACUGUAAUGUAAUUUGAGGUACUUCUUUGUCUUUGCGUUUUCGUAUUACAACUGAGGCAAUAUUUUUCUAAACACUUGUGAAAUGCAUUUCUGCAGAGGUCUCAAAGUGGAAGUCUGGAGACCAUUUAUAAGAACUCCCAUUUCCUCAGUCAGCAUGUGUGCAUGUGAACAAUCAAAGCAGUUUUCCCACCUUUUAUUCAAUUUUCUAUUAUUUGAAUCCAAAAUCAACUUAAAAAAUGCAUUAGGUUAAUUUUAAUUUGUCAAAUUUUAUUAAUGUAAUGUCACAAGAUGACAUGUAUUCUAGUGGCUCACCAGAAAAUUUGAGAUUGAGACCCCUGCAAUAUGUAGUAUGUAGUACAUGUAGGAGAUAUAUUCAAUAUCUCCUACAUGUUUUAUUAUUGUGCACACAUUUUACAGUUUACAAGUCAGGUUUUAUUAUAUCAUUGUAUUUUAAUACAGUUAUGUUCGUACAGUUCUGUUUAGCCAUCUGGGUUAUGUUGACUUUUGCUAAAUUGAAUGGCCAUAAGGAACACCUAUAUGCUUUUAUUUGGGAUUUCUGUGAAAUCAGCAAUUGCUGAGCUGAAGGUUGACUUUUGGUUGGCUUUUCCUGAUUUUUGUGAUGGAAAAAAACCCUUGUUUAUCAUAGCCCCCUUUUUUUAAACUGCAUAGCAGAUGGGGUAGUUAUUUAAAAGAUAUUUUCCUAUAUUUGUUUUCAUCUUCGAGCCUAAUGUAUUUGCUUCAUAGUGGUUUUAGACCACACUGUUCUUAUUCUUUAAGUAAUUGUAGGAUAUUGUUAUCAGAUCUUGCCAUAUUAUCCUCAAUCUCUUCUUAUUGUCCCAUUCUGUUUUUAGAAAGUUUGUAUUUUUAAUACUAAUUGAAGUUUUGCACAAAAUAUUGCAUAUUUUUGUUAUGUGUAUUGUCUUACUUUUUCCAAGUCUUGUGCUUGCAAUUUGAUUUUUAUAAGAGUACUUUAAGGUUUUUUGUGUAACUGUAAAUACAGUACAUAUAUUAUUUGCUUUAAGAUAAGAUGAUGGCAAAAGAUCUGUGUUUUAUAAUAAAGUGUUCAAUGAGUCAAAUUACAUCUUUCAUUUUGGUAAAUUCUGGGUUUUUAUUAUUCUGAGGCACAAUCUGAAAAAAAAAAACAUAGGUCCAUAAAUGUCCAUAUGCUAAAAAAUAUAUAAUUAUACUGCCCAUAAUCAGGAAAACAGUCAGUAUAUAUACAAAAGUCUCAGCAGUAAAAAAAAAAAAAAUGACAAUGAAAAAAAAAUUACUGCUACAUAACCAGAUAUUUCAAAAUAUCAAUAAUUACUAAAAUAAAAAGAAAGAUAAAAAAGCAUAUUUACAAAAAGUUGAAAUCAUAAUUCCAAGGUGACAUUCGUUGCAUAUCCUUUAUGACGUCCUCCAAAUAGCAGGUUUAACAGACAUUGUGUACAUGUGUUUUAAUAAUAAGGUUUUUAACGCAAAAAAAUGGUUUGUUAAUUGAAAUAAACCAUCCAAAAAAAUAAAUUAAAAAAAACCCUCCAAAAAUUAAAUACAAUUUUUAUAGCCUUUUUCACUUGGCCCUGUUUGUGAAAUACAUUUUCAGGCCCUCAAAACCCAUGUAUGUGUGCCCCCAAAACGACAACCAUCCAUGAAUUAAUAACUCAUAAAAGGUUAGAGUUUAAAUAUCAAAAUACAGCAUUAAAAAAGUGUCUUUUGGGGUAAUAUUUGUUGCAGACAGCAAAUGUAGCAAAAUUAAAACCAAACAAAAGGGGGGGUGUGCCCUAAAUAUCCCUAGAUGUCCCUGAAGGACAAGGGUCAAAGAAUGUGUUUUUGCCACCUCAAUCAAAUGCAUAAUGAUGUCUAACCUUUAAGGCAAAAGCUCCAACUCAGUAAGCAUCAACUGCCUUAGCUUUACAUACAGAUCCACUGUAUGAAACACAUCAUCUGAGAAGUCCAGGUUAUGUUCUGACAUGAGUUCUACACAGAGAUGAAAAACAUCCUCUUCACAUGGAAAGUCUUUGAACACGCAUUCUUCAA